UCCAGCUAUGCAAGCUGUGAUUUUGAGAGGUGGUUCGAUUCCGGUCACGUCACCGGGGCUUUCCAGUUCUACUCUGCCACGAGUUUCUACGCUUUUACGUCAAAGUUCAUUUGCCGGGAUUUACUCCGGCGAGAGAACGGUCUUUGGCUCGCCCUUGAUCUAUUUGCUUUCCCCUAUGGAUAAACGGAGGCCCAAGGAAACACGGCCGAACAUAAGGUGAGCGAUGUCCGAUUCCGGUAUCGUGCGAUCGGUGAAUAGGGUUCCCGUUGGAUCUCGGGGAUUUUCGGCGGGGAUACCGGAGGAGGAGUGCGUGUUGGUCGGUGAAGUGGAUAGGAAAUUCCGAGCGUUGGUGACUGGGAAUGGAAGUGAUAAGAAGAGUUUCUCGCCGGAAGUCAGGAUCUCGAAGGAGGAGAUUGGUCACUCGGGUGACGGUCAGGGAAAACGCGGGAAGUCCGGCGGUAGUCACGGCGAUGAUUCGUACGGUCAUAAGAUCCAGAUCGGUGAUUAUUAUAGUGAAAUUGAGAUUGAAUCCUGCCGAUUGGCUUCUACUCGGAAACUACGGCAGAUUUUUACAGAAGGUGGAAAAAGAUACAGAGAGAGCGGAGGAGUAUUACGGGAGAGCGAUCUUAGUGAGUCCCGGAGAUGGCGAGAUAUUAUCGUUGUACGCUCAGUUAAUAUGGGACCGGCACGGAGACAAGACCCGAACUAGGUCUUACUUUGACCGGCCAUUAAUGCUUCACCCGACGACUGCAUGGUGCUGGGAUCUUACGCUCAUUUCAUGUGGGAAGCCGAGGAAGAAGAUAACGAAGAAGACGAAACGGGUGACAAAUUCGGAUUUUCUCCUCCUAUAAUCCCAGCCUUUUAAUCGCUUUUUA